GAACCAGGUCCCUCAGAGCACACCUAUCAGUAAUAUUCUUGCGACGUUGACAUGUACUGACCCAGAUGUGAACAGUACAGCACUUUCCUACAGUGUCACUUCCAACGCCAAUUCCCUGUACUCGUUCCGAAUGCAAUCAAACAAUUUAGUGGUUAACAACACCUUGAAUUAUGACUCUGCAGAAAUAGCCAGCGUAAAUUUCCAGUAUUCAGCCACAAUAGUAGUAACAGACAGCGGCACACCUCAGCUCACCACUAAUAUUCCAGUAUUUAUCACUGUCACCCCUGUAAAUAAUUACGCGCCACAAUGCAUUGGACCCCUUACCUACUCAGUAAAUGAAAAUGCUCCAUUUGGGACUGUGGUAGGCCAACUGAAUGCCACUGAUGCGGACUACAAGUUCAACAAUGUUGAAUUCACUAUAGAAGGCGGUCAAAAUCCACCCGUUUUCUACAUGGACCCCAAAAGUGGAGAGAUUCAUGUCCUUGGACCUCUGGAUUUUGAGACAAGAUCCAGUUACUCACUGAGAAUUAAAGUGGUGGAUCUCAACAACGACAUUAUGCCUGAUCCUGUUAAUCAAAAGUCUACAUACUGCACCAUUACCAUCAAUGUACAGGAUUAUAAUGAUAACCCCCCAGUCUGCAAUCCACCAUAUUACAGCACCACAAUUUAUUCUACCCUUGCAACAACAUCCGAUAUCUUAUCGUUGCAAUGCUCUGAUGUGGAUCCCACCAGCACGUUGACCUAUUCCAUCGUAGGGGGAAAUGUCGACAAUCUUUUUUUAAUGAACGGAAACAGUAUCAGACAUAACCCCUUCUCCUAUAAUCCUGAUGGUGUGUACAACCCUGUAUCCUUUACACUACUUGUCAAGGUGACCGACAGCACCUCCAGCCCUCAGUUCAGCACCACCGCAAUCGUUAAUAUCGAUGUUGUUCCAUGGACCACCACACAGCCUACUACUACAACUACCACCACAACUCCAGAAAAGAAAACCAAGAUUGUCAAUGAAACAUCCACAUAUUGGCAGCCUGAUAUUUGGUUUAUGGUGGUACUGACAAUCACUGCAGCAUUGCUUCUGCUUGCCCUUUCAUUGUUGGCAUGGAAAUUGGCUACAGGGUACCCGAUCUGCGGAAACACCGCAACAGAGGCAACCCAGCCACUUCUACAGAACAAAUCUGUGGCAAAUGUAGAGAAUCCUGUGGAUGCGGCAAAAGAACAGCCUCCACCACCAAGCAAGGAUAAGAAGGAUAUUGCUCCAGUCAGUCCUCUGAGCUUGCAGUUUGAUGGCAGAGCUCAGGAUCCAGUCACCGGGCGCGAGUACCUGUUUAACAGCCACACUGGAGAGAGACGCUGGCUAUGAAGAAAACAAGAGGACAAAAUGGCAGCCAUUUUUGUUCCAGUGUUUGUGAUUCAUUCUGCUUCUUGUUUUGAAACUCUGACAAAUCAUAUUAGACAAAUGUGCACAUUUUGUUGCAAACGUAAUCAUUUUGUAUCAUAUAAAUAUAUUUUAUAACAGAUUUCUAAUAAAAUUGUGUGAUAAAAGCAA